CCUCUGCGGCACGCGCUUCCGGCGGCGCGGCGCGGCGGCAGCAUGGCGGAGGCGGGCGGUUACGCUGCCGCGGUCGCCGCCUGCGUGGACGCGGUGCUGGGGAGCCGCGGCGGCGCCAACCGCGUCUUCGAGAUCCUGGAGCUGCUGGCGGCCGAGGAGGAGGAGGCCGUCGCCUGCGCCGUGCGCGCCUGCCGCCGGCUCUUCGGGGCGCUGCUGGAGCGCGGGGAGCUGUUCGUGGGCCCGCUGCCCGCCGAGGAGGCCUCCCUGGCCGGCGACGGCAGCGCGGCGGACAAGUACAAGAUCUGGAUGCGGCACCGUUACGGCAGCUGCCUGGACUGCCUGUCGGAGCUGCUGGGCCACGACUCCUUCCACGUCAAGGAAUUAUCGCUCUGUACCCUCAUGAAGUUCGUGGAGCUGGAGGUAGAACAUCCUUUGAUCAAAGCAGAGUGGAAGGGGGGUUUCACUUUUCCUCGUGAACUUCUUAAGAUAGUUGUUGAUGGAUUGAUUCCCUUAAAUGAGGAUGCUUCGCUCCUGAUCUCUCGUUUCCAAGAAUAUAUGGAAUAUGAUGACAUUCGGUACUUUGUGAUGAAGGCAGUCACUGAGAGCAUUGGACAAGUCAUGCAGAAGACGAAAGAGAGGCCACUGCCAUUUUACCAGCAGAACAUAUUCUCCCUCAUUUCACCCAUUAACAUGCCAAACAAAGAGCGCGACAUGGUCAAGUUUAUGGUGAAGAAAGAUAACCGGCAGGAGUGGAAAGUGUCAAAGCUGCAGGCACACAAACAGGCGUUUGAAAAGAUGUGGCUCAGUUUUCUGAAGCACCAGCUACCCACUGGCCUUUACAAAAAAGUUCUUGUUAUUCUGCAUGACUCCAUUCUGCCUUAUAUGAAUGAACCCACUCUCAUGAUAGACUUCCUAACAGUGGCCUACGGCAUAGGUGGAGCAAUCAGUCUCCUAGCCUUAAAUGGAUUAUUUAUUCUGAUUCAUCAGCAUAAUCUGGAAUAUCCAGACUUCUACAAAAAGCUGUACAGUCUUUUAGACCCUUCUAUAUAUCACGUGAAGUAUAGAGCCCGAUUCUUCCAUUUGGCUGACCUGUUUUUGUCUUCAUCUCACUUGCCGGCAUACCUGGUAGCAGCAUUUAUAAAGCGCCUCUCCCGGCUGGCCCUCACUGCUCCUCCCGAAGCUCUACUCAUGGUCAUUCCCUUCAUCUGUAAUCUCUUUCGGAGGCACCCAGCAUGCAAAGUGCUAGUACACAGACCUAAUGGGCCAGAAGAUUUGUCAGAAGAUCCGUAUAUUAUGGAGGAGAAGGAGCCAUCUGAAUGCAGGGCUUUGGAAAGCUCCCUCUGGGAGCUACAGUCUCUACAAAACCAUUAUCAUCCAGAUGUGGCUCAAGCAGCUGCUAUCCUGAACCAGUCGCUGUCAGAAAUAGAGGACGACAUAUCAGGGCUUCUGGAGCUCUCUGCUUAUGAGCUUUUUGAUAGAGAAGUAAAGAAAACAACCACUGAUGUGCCUCUGGAGUUUGAGCCGGUGAGAGGUUUGUUUGGGAAGAAGAAUGAUAUCUUUGCAGAGCACUUUACCUUAGAGUGAUGUGAUCUCUAAUAAACACAUCUGCACAACUGAUUGACCUUGGGGACCUGCGCAAAGCACACGUGCUCUACUGGAUAUUUCUGGCUUUGAAAUAUCUCCAAGUGGUGAGAGCUGGACUGCUUGAGAAAGAUGGUGCCUUCUUUAGUGACCUUUGUCAGCACCCACAGAUGGACUUUUCCUCCUGACUGCUUGUUUCUCACUCUUGCAUGUUGCUGCCUGAUGCUUGGGAGGGACUUUCCCUCUGAGCAAAGUUUUCUGGAGGUGUUUGUGUCUGGGAUUCUGGCGCUUUUCUCUGAAGCGGCUGGUGCUGGCUGUGAUCGGUAACUGGGUGGACAGACCGUCCUGCUGCCCGCGUAUGGGACUGAGGGAAGGUGUGGCCUCUGACAGCUGCUCUUGUUUUCUAGCUUGUUUUCUACCCAGGUGCCAGUCAAAUUUUAACUAGCGACCACUGAUGCUAGGUGGGUUUGUUAAUUUGAAUUUUUCCUAUAUUUUGAGAAGUGAUGCAGAAAUUCCUUCUGAGAGCGUUUCAUAAGAUGUUAAGUUUUGCCUUGGUUCCAGAUGCAAUCCUUGUUAAGAAUGCAGAUAGACUCACUGAGCACUUUUUUCCUCUUGCCAUUUUUAAUAAUUUUUUCUUAUCUCGCUAGACUUUAACUCUGCUUACAGUAUUUUGAAAUCAUAAUUUGUAAAGGAGAAAAAUAUAGUCAAGAAAGUGAAGCCAAAGCAAGCUAAUUUCUGGCAGACAAGGCUGCUUAAGUCGAGGAAAACUGCAGCUGUCUUAAAGACACUAGGUGUUAGGGUUUCUUCAUCCAGUUUUCUUCAUGCUAUCCAAACAAUAAGUAGGUAAAGGACUAUGUAUUUUCAAUGAAAUCAUUUUCUCAUCAUGUCUUGAACAUAUCCCCAGAGUAUAGAGCUGUACCCUCUGUCUUUUCACUGAUACUUCUGAAUUCAAGUUGGCGGGGGGGUUCAGGAUCCUUAGCUGCUUUUUUGAAAAUCCCACACUCUGUUGUUCUGCUUCGUGAAAAAGCAGGUCUGUCUCCUCCCUGGCCAGCAUGCUUUUCUUUAUCCUUUGACUUCUGGUAUCUGGUAGGAAGGUAGAAUGGUUGAGAUGCUAGCUUACAGCUUGAGACCUCAGUUCAAGUUCACCCAAAGCCCUGUGUUUCAGCUCUAAAAUGCAUUUCCCUAUAUCAUAUGUAUGUUGUGUGUAUGUGUUUAUUAAACAUUUUGAAGUGCUCUGAUAGUACUGAGGACCACCUGAGUACCUUAGAAAGAUGUAUAUACAUGUACCAUCUUUCAGAUUAAAUGAUAUACCUUGAAAAUAUAUAUAUAUUGAAUACA